AUGGUUCAGAAGAAGAAGAUUGCAGUUAUUAAUGUGUCCGUUUUAAUCUUUGUGGCAUUGGUGGUGGCUAUUUUGGAUAGUGUUAGACGUACAGGUGCCGCCAAUGGUGGUGGCGCUCUUUCGUCUCUUCACGUUACCACUACAUCAAAGGCUAUCAAAUCCAUUUGUCAACCAACUGAUUACAAAGAAACUUGUGAAAAAAGCCUCGCAAUUGCCGGGGGAAAUUUAACCGAUCCUAAAGACUUGAUCAAGAUUGAGUUUAAAGUCGCAAUUGACGAGCUGAAGCUGGCCCUUAAAAACAUAUCUGCAUGGAAAGAAGAAAAUAAAGAUCCAAAGAUCAAACAGGCUUUUACGAAUUGUAAUGAUCUUUUGGAGUCAGCCAUUGAAGAUCUAAAAGUCUGCUACAGUAAAAUGGGUGCACUUGACAUUAGAAAACCUGAUGAUUACAUUCAAGAUGUGAAAGUUUUUCUCAGCGGCGCUGCUACAUUCCAAGAAAGUUGUUUCGAUGAAUUCAAUAAGGUAAAGCGUGAUUAUAAAGAGAAAAUGAAAACUCUUUUGAAUACUUCAAGGGAGCUGACAAGCAAUGGUCUUGCAAUGAUGAAUGAUUUCUCUUCAGUCCUCAACUCAUCGAACAUAACAAGCACAAAAAUACGGCUUCUCUCUCAAGAUGAAUUUCCUUCAUGGGUUAACGAGGGGCGUCGUAGACUCCUUGCUGAAACUCCAGGAACAAUUCAGGCUGAUGUUAUUGUUGCUCAGGACGGUAGUGGAAAGUUCAAGACCAUCUCUGAAGCUGUCAAUCUUGUCCCUGACUUCAAUGAUAACCCUACCAAUAAGUCAUUUGUAAUUUACAUCAAAGAAGGUAUUUAUAAGGAGUACGUGACGGUCACAAAGCAAAUGCGAAAUGUUAUGUUCAUCGGUGAUGGCCCCCAAAAGACCAAGAUCACUGGCUACAAGAACUUCAUUGACGGAACUAACACAAUGAACACGGCAACAGUUGCCGUUUUGGGGCCCAAAUUCAUAGCGAAGGACAUUGGAUUUGAGAACACUGCGGGAGCUAAGAAGCACCAAGCUGUGGCCUUGCGUGUUCAAGCUGACCGUUCAAUCUUCUUCAAUUGCCAAAUGGAUGGAUACCAAGACACUUUAUACGCCCAUGCUCAUCGCCAAUACUACCGAGACUGCACCAUCACUGGCACCAUUGACUACAUCUUUGGUGAUGCAGCUGCCGUUUUCCAGAACUGCAAGAUGAUAUUCAGGAAACCAAUGGCCAACCAGAAAGUCAUCGUUACAGCUCAAGGAAGAAGCGACAAGAACUCCGUCACAGGACUUGUUCUCCAAAACUGCACCAUCAGUGCUGACCCUGAAUACGUGGCUGUCAAGAACACUAACCAGGGGUACCUUGGGAGGCCCUGGAAGAUGUUCUCAAGAACAAUUUAUUUGCAGUCUGAGAUUGAUGAUGUGAUUCAGCCUGAUGGAUGGUUGCCUUGGAAUGGUAAAUUUGCUCUCGACACUCAUUGGUACGCGGAAUAUGGCAAUAGGGGUCUUGGAUCUGACACGGCCAAGAGAGUUGCAUGGCCUGGUAUUAAAAAACUCACUCCUGAGCAAGCUGCUGAUUUCACCAUCGAAAGGUUCUUUGUAGUUGAUUGGAUUAAGCCGAGUAGUGUACCCUACAACCUGGGCAUGUUUUGA